GCUCGCGCUAUCCCACAAUGCAGCGGGCCGAGGCGCUAAGGGAAAGAUGGCGGAGGGAGGAGCAGCUGAUCUGGAUACUCAGAGAGGAGAGGUCGCCACGCUGCUCAAAACUCAGCUCCGGAAAGGAGACACUUGGUACUUAAUAGACAGUCACUGGUUCAAACAGUGGAAAAAAUAUGUGGGCUUUGACAGUUGGGAUAAGUACCAGAUGGGAGAUCAGCAUGUCUACCCUGGACCAGUGGACAACUCGGGUCUCCUUAAAGAUGGGGACGUUCUUGCUAUUAAGGAGCAUCUUAUCGAUGAGUUGGAUUACAUCCUUGUGCCUACCGAGGGAUGGAAUAAGUUAGUGAGCUGGUAUGGGCUGACCGAGGGCCAGGAACCAAUUGCUCGGAAGGUGGUUGAGCAGGGUAUGUUUGUGAAGCACUGCAAAGUGGAGGUCUACCUCACCGAGUUAAAGCUAUGUGAAGACAGCAACAUGGACAAUGUCAUCACUAGACGCUUUAGUAAAGCGGACACAAUAGACACUAUUGAAAAGGAGAUGCGCAAACUAUUCAGCAUUCCUGAUGAAAAGGAGACCAGGUUGUGGAACAAAUACAUGAGCAACACAUUUGAGCCUUUAAACAAACCAGACAGCACCAUUCAAGAUGCCGGACUCUACCAGGGGCAGGUUCUUGUUAUAGAGCAGAAAAACGAGGAUGGAACUUGGCCUCGAGGUUCCUCUACACAGAAGUCAUCUGGUGCUUCCAAUCUCUCUGCUUUACCAAAGAUCUCCCCUUCAUCUCUCACAAACAAUCAUAGCAGCAGCUUCAGCAGCAGGAAUGUGAAAAACUCUAGCUACAGCCUGUCAUCCUACCCUCCCUAUAGCAGCUACGAGUACUCGGACCAGAGUAGGCACAGUGAAAAAGCAGGCCUCUGUGGGCUCUCCAACAUGGGCAAUACAUGCUUUAUGAACUCUGCUACACAGUGUUUGAGUAAUAUUCCUCCACUCACUGAGUACUUCCUGAAGGACAAAUAUCAGGAUGAGCUGAAUGAAGAUAACCCUUUAGGAAUGAACGGAGAGAUCGCUAAGGCUUAUGCUGAGCUCAUCAAACAGCUCUGGUCUGGCAAAUACAGCUAUGUCACUCCUAGACCUUUCAAGACGCAAGUGGGCCGCUUUGCCCCUCAGUUCUCAGGCUAUCAGCAACAGGACUCCCACGAACUGUUAGCCUUCCUUCUCGACGGAUUGCAUGAGGACCUAAACCGCAUCAGGAAGAAGCCCUACAUCCAACUCAAAGAUGCUGACGGAAGACCAGACAAGGUAGUAGCCGAAGAGGCCUGGGAGAACCACAUCAAGAGGAACGAUUCAAUCAUCGUAGAUAUUUUUCAUGGCCUCUUUAAGUCGACGUUGGUCUGCCCUGUGUGUUCGAAAAUCUCUGUGACUUUUGAUCCUUUUUGCUACCUGACGCUUCCUCUGCCCAUGAAGAAGGAGCGAACACUGGAGGUCUAUCUGGUGCGGCUAGACCCCCUCAACAAACCCAUGCAGUAUAAGCUGACGGUACCCAAAGUCGGCUACAUCUCAGACCUCUGCGCUUCUCUUUCGGUCCUGUGCGGAGUCCCUGCUGAAAAGAUGAUUGUCACUGAUAUCUACAAUCACCGGUUCCAUCGAAUCUUUGCCACCAACGAGAACCUGAGCAGUAUAAUGGAAAGGGAUGAUAUAUAUGUAUUUGAAGUCGGAGUAAACCGGCUUGAGGACACCGAGCAUGUAGUGAUUCCUGUGCACCUGAGAGAGAAGUAUAAGCAGUCUGGUUAUAACCAUAGCAGUACGCCCCUGUUUGGCCUUCCUUUCCUCGUAACCAUCCCACGCACUCUCAGCGAGGAGAAAUUCUACAACAUGCUACUUCUCCGUCUGUGUCGUUUUGUGCGCUCUGCUCUGGAAGAAGAGGACUGUGACGAGACACACUUGUCCAAGCAGCACGCUAUCAACGGCAAUGCCACUAACGGUAUUCUGGAGGAGGGCUCGCCCAGUGAAAUGGAAACUGAUGAACAGGAUGAUGAAUCCAGUCAGGACCAGGAACUCCCGUCAGAGAAUGACAACAGCCAAUCAGAGGAUUCGGUGGGCGGGGACAAUGACCUGGAAAACGGUGUCGGCCUAGAGAACGCGACAAAAGGCCAGCAGCUCACAGGCCACAAAAAGCGACUUUUCACAUUCCAGUUUAACAACAUGGGCAAAACCGAUCUGAGUUUCAUUAAAGAAGAGCCACGACAGAUCCGAUUCGAUGAGGGACACCUUCGACUCAGUGACAGAUCCUAUCUCUCAUUGGACUGGGAGCCAGAGAUGAAGAAGAAAUACUUUGAUGAAAGUGUAGUGGAGGACUUUGAUAAGCACGAAAGCAUGGAAUACAAACCUCAGAAAAAGACCUUCUUUAAAUUAAAGGACUGCAUAGAACUCUUCACUACAAAAGAAAAGUUAGGAGCAGAGGACCCAUGGUACUGUCCCAGUUGUAAGCAGCACCAGCAAGCCACUAAGAAGCUAGACUUGUGGUCCCUGCCUCCUGUACUAGUGGUCCAUCUAAAACGCUUCUCUUAUAGCCGCUAUAUGAGGGACAAACUGGACUCAUUAGUAGACUUUCCUAUUCGUGACCUGGACAUGUCUGAGUUCCUAAUUAACCCCAAUGCUGGGCCCUGCCGCUACAACCUCAUUGCUGUGUCUAACCACUAUGGAGGAAUGGGAGGAGGCCACUAUACGGCCUAUGCCAAAAACAAGGACGAUGACAAGUGGUACAACUUUGAUGACAGCAUUGUAUCCCCUGUCAGUGAGGAUCAGAUUGUGUCCAAAGCAGCGUAUGUCCUAUUCUAUCAGCGUCAGGACACGGUAAAAGGAACAGGCUACUUUGCUCUAGACCGCGAGGACGUUGAGGAGCAAGAGAGCAGCUUGGCACAAGGGGUCAACGGGCAGAGUGAAGAAGAUGACGACGAAGAGGAGGAAGACCUAAAUGACAAUGAGCCGGAUGAAGAGCCAAAUGAUAUUUCCAUGAACACCAACUGAGAUGAGACAGAGCUGGCACCAUAGGAUGGUUGGGUCAGUUAUCUGAAGCCAUAUCGAGAGCGGAGUGUCCAGAAAGUACCACAGCUGGAUGGGCUAGGUGAUGAGAGCCCUUGAGAUUUGAGCCUCUAACACAGCAGGGUGAUUUUAUUUUUAUUACCCCUUUUCCACAAGGUUUCCCCUGCCUCUGCUCCUUCUACACAUGUCAAGCUCUGAUGCUAAAAGAAAGCUAGCUGAACUAGCUGAACAGAGUUCUAAAUGUGUCUGAAAGUCAACAAUGUUGCUCUUUCAGUAUCCUUCAUUGUAGUGUGGUGUUCUUUGUUUUCUCCUGAAGAGACACAUUUAUAGGUUUUAUGGUUCUUUUGCCUUGUAUAUAACAUUGGAUGGACAGUGAACCUCUGGGGUUUUAAGGUAAAAGAAAUUUCAUUGACUGUUUUUGUUGCACACUCCAUUUUGUUUUUAGAGCUAGUAUUAGUGCCACAAAUACUGCAGAAUCGGAAUAUAGCUUUCUGGUGUCCAGUCUAUCAGCUGCUCAGACGGUUGUCUUUAAACCAAUGGUAAAAUAGCUCAAGAAGCUAUUUCACACGUGUCCAGAAACGCACUGAUAAUGUAAUGUAAAAACUUCUUGUGCUGCUGUAUGCCUCCUUAUGGAUUUUUAGGGUAACUUAAGCCUAGCAAAUAAGGGUCUUUUGACUCUACGCUAUAUCAGAAGUUUAUUCUUAAAGGUAUGUCUUUUAAGAACCAUAGCUUUACCAUUGCUUCAGAUGUAAGUCCCGUUCUUUUUCACCAUAGAUGCUUUUUAAUGAGAUUAUGAACAUUUCGGUGAUGCAAUAGGUUUGUCUCUUGCCUCCAUCACCUCGCCUUAAAUCUAAUCUCAGACUGUUGCCUGUUUGCACAGAUAUUAGUUUAUUUGCAUUUCUCAUACUCACAAGCGCGCACACACACACAGACACCCACCCCUAGUGUAGAUGCUGUCUUGGAUGCAAGCUCACUUAUUCAUCACACAAACUCCUUAACACACACAUGCUCUAGUGACUGCUGAAAUUUGCCAGUUCUCCCCAAUUGGCAGCCAGAAUGUAUUUGACUACAGAAUUGACCUGUUUUUGGAUUGAUACCUCGUUUUUUUGUUUGUUUGUUUGUUUGUUUUUUUGCUAGUUUUAGUUUAUGGGUUUGGGGAGGGUGAUUGAUUCGCCUUUAACAUGAACUACACGAAAGAGUUGGGCUACUGCUGUAUGUGCUUUGUGUAACAGGGAGCGUGGGCACAGGGAUAAUCAGACUGUGUGAGGCUGACUGGUAGGCUUUAUAAAUAAUGUAUAUAAUAAUUCACUCUGUGAGUGCACAUUUGAUAAAUUAAUUUAUUUAUAUGUAAGCAUUACAAAACAAAUGUAUUUAAAACCACAAGAAGAGAGAAUAUGUAUCGUCUAGGAGUAUAUACGAGACUGAGAUUUAGGUCUGUUAAAGGAUGUGCUAUUGCUUGGAGUCUUUUUUUUGUAAAGGUAAACUCUGACAUCCUUGCAUGACGACGGGGGUUUCAGCGUUUGGCUGCACUUGAGUUCACUUGGGUUUACAUUUGAAAUGUGCAUGUGUAUUUAUAUACAGAACUUCAAUAAAGUUGUGUAAAGUCU